AUGGCGACCUGUUUGAAGUUUGAGGAAGUUCAAGAAAGAUUUGGUGAGGAGUUCUUUAAUAUAUUCUUUGAUGAGAAUGAGAGAGUCCUUUGAGCCAUAGGUGGCACAUUGCAGGACUUUUUUAAUGGCUUUGAUACUUUGUUGGAACACAUCAGAACUUCUUUUGGGAAACAGGCCAUGCUGGUGUCCCCAUCGUUCCUUUGCAAGGAGCUCCUGGAGGGCACCCUUCUGCUUCACUACUUCUGUCCUCACCACGUUGUGGGCUUUGCAAUGCUGGGCAUGAUCAAGGCUGCAGGAAAGAAGAUCUACCAGCUUGAUGUGGCCAUGGAGCAGGUGGCCAUUGAGAAACUGUGCUCCGAGAACCCAGGCAAUUGUAGCUGUCUUACCUUCCUCAUCAAAGAAUGUGACAAUACUAACACCAGGAAGAACCUUCCCCGGGGAGUCUCCCAAGUCCCUGCAGACCUCAGAAUCAGCAUCAGCACCUUCUGCAGGGCCUUCCCUUUCCACUUGAUAUUCGACGCCCACAUGUCCGUCCUGCAGCUGGGGGAAGGCCUGCGGAAGCAGCUGCGUUGCGACACCCACAAAGUGCUCAGGUUUGAGGACUGCUUCGAGAUCGUUUCUCCAAAGGUCAGUGCCGCCUUUGAGAGGAUGAGGAUAGGCAUUCACUCAGGUUCUGUGCUCGCUGGAGUUGUUGGGGUAAGAAUGCCACGAUAUUGCCUGUUUGGAAAUAAUGUCACUCUGGCAAGCAAAUUCGAAUCAGGAAGUCACCCUCGGCGCAUCAACGUCAGCCCUACCACUUACCAAUUAUUAAAACGGGAAGAAAGCUUCACAUUCAUUCCUCGGUCCCGUGAAGAGCUUCCAGAUAACUUUCCAAAGGAAAUCCCUGGGAUCUGCUAUUUCCUGGAGGUAAGGACUGGUCCUAAGCAGCCAAAGCCUUCUCUUUCUUCAUCAAGAAUCAAGAAAGUUUCCUACAACAUUGGCACCAUGUUCCUCCGGGAGACAAGCCUCUGA